CCCUCAGAUACUGUGUAGAGAGCACGGAGGAAACUCAACCUCACAGGUUUAUCUGUCUGUCCAACAAUCAUGAAGUCUGUAGCUCUGAUCCUUGCUCUCGCGGUCAUCACUGGCUGCAACGCCCGUGCCGUGCCCCAGGCUGAUGCCAUUGAAACCAGAUGGGAAGAGAGUGUGGACCGUUUCUGGCAGUAUGUUUCUGAGCUGAACCAGAAAGCUGAUGGAGUCGUGCAGGAUCUCAAGGCCUCUCACCUCACCAGGGAGCUAGACACUCUAAUCACUGACACCAUGGCAGAGCUGACAACCUACUCUGAUGACAUCAAGGCCAAGCUGAGCCCCUACACUGAUGCCUCCACCGGCCAGAUCACCCAGGACCUGCAGCUCCUGACCAACAAACUCCAGAAGGACAUGCUGGAUGCCAAAGAGCGCAGCACUGAGUACCUGAGUGAGCUCAAGUCCAUGGUGGAAACAAACACAGAAGAUGUCCGAGGCCGCAUCGGCACCUACACCCACAAGCUGAAGAAACGUCUGAACAAGGACACUGAAGAGAUUCGCAACACUGUGGCCACCUACAUGGGCGAGGUCCAGUCCCGCACCUCCCAGAACCUUGAAGUUGUGAGAGGACAUGUUGAGCCCUUCGUCCAGCAGGCCGGUGACUCCGCCACCAAGAAACUGAGUGACAUCUCUACCGUGCUGAAGACCCAGGCUGAGGGUUUGAGCCAGCAGCUCGAGACCCAGGCUGAAGGCCUCAGGACCCAGCUGGAAGCCACUGCCGAGGAACUGCGCACCUCCCUGGGAGGCAAGAUCGAUGAGCUUACCGAGCUGCUCUCCCCCUACGCCACCAAGAUCCGCGAGCAGAUCGAUGGCAUCGUGGACAAGGUCAAGGAGACUGCUGCUUACUAAACAAAGACUGGUGUUUUUAAGGUUUUUGAUCGUUGGUGGUCAGCUGUUAUUUAGCAGUGUGACCACUGAUUUCUUAAUACCUUGAAAAGAAGGAAGGGUGGGAGUUGAGAGAUAAGUUCUUCAUUUAAGUGCUUUAUUGUUCAGUGUAAGAGUGUUGAUAAGAGAGAUUUAAAAAAUGUUUUUCUACUCUUUAUGACUCCCUUAAUCACUGAACAGGAGCACCCCAGUCGGUGACAGCCUUUUAAAACACAAACAGGAGACAAUUAUUUUUAAUAUGCUUGCUUUUCUACUUAAAUUAGCCGUUCUAACUGCAUACGUUUUGUCUUGAGUUCCCUUCAAUUUGUGUGGUUGUUAACAUAACUGCUGAGUUUAAGCCCUAAAGACAGGAAGUCCAGCCCUGUAUCAUCUCUAAAUGCACCAAACACACAUGUCUUUCAUUUCAAUGUAUGCACUGAUUUUAACUUGAGGUGAUACUGAACCACUAAAGAGUCCUUCUGACAUUCAUUUGUUGUACUUCAUUUGGAAGUGGAAUGUAAAGCGACUUGCAAUGCAAAAGUGACAAUCACAAAAUUAUGCUUGUGUGUUCUGCAGUCUAAGAGUGUCCCAUAUGUUUCAAAUGUCAUGUGCCCACCAUGCUGCUCACUGUAAGUGCAUCACCAUGUGCUGAACAGUGCUGAAAGAAUAAAGAACCCAGAAAAUAA